AUGGCUAGAAUGAUGGGUUGUAAAUUUGUUGCCAUAGUACCAAUAGUUGUUGAUAUUUACGAUGUCCAUGGCACGUAUGAAGAACUAGAGCUCUUUACUGAAACUAUUGAGAGGUGGGAAAUUUUUACUGCCGCUCGACUUCCACGUUAUAUGAGAGUUUGUUAUGGGGCGCUAUUGAAUACGUAUGCUGAGUUUGAAGUAAAGCUUUCAGAGAAGGGAAACUUUUAUCGGAUGCAGUAUGCCAAAGAAGCAUUAAAAGUUCAAGUCAGAGCUUAUUUCCAGGAAGCCAAAUGGUUCAAGAAAAAAUACAUACCAAGAAUGGAGGAAUAUAUGGAAGUAGAAUCUAAUACAUCCUUCUAUUGCUUCUCAACCACAUCAUUUCUUGGACUGGGAGCUAUUGUGACUAUAGGCUCCAUGAAUUGGGUGUUCAGUGACCCUAAGAUUGUAAAGGGUGCAUAUGUGAUUGGCAGACUCUUGAAUGAUAUUGUUGGCCACAAGUUUGAGCAAAAGAGAGGACAUAUUCCUUCAUCAGUAAAAUGCUUCAUAAACCAAUAUGGUGUCACAGAGGAAAAUGCUAAAAUUGAGCUCAUGAAGCAAGCCAUUGACACAAAGACGGAUCCAGAAUUUAAGAAUAGGGUGUGUUAA